AUGGCUGAAGUCAUCAUAUGCCUUGUGGAAUUUGUGAGUACUUCCCGGCUACGCGAAUUUAGUGACUUUCUGUAUCAAGUGCAAGUUGCAAGCGCGCACAUGUCAGCCCUUAAGAUUUAUGAGUUCCCUUCAAAAAUACAGUCCCUAGUAGAAAAACUCCCGGGAUGGUUCGCGACAAAAUGGUCAAUCAAAGUGCAAGCACUACAACAGGAAAGGGGGUACAGCGCGUUUCCUAGCUUUAGUGAUCUCGUCACAGAAGUAUGUUUUCACGCCGAGCGAAUGAACAUUCCUCAACUCACACCGACCAAGCACUCUAGCACUCCAACUCCCAUACAAACGCACCGCAAGCCACAAGAGCGCAUUCACAAUGUACUCCUAACUAAAACCAAAAGAAGGAAGCAUUGGUUCAAAGAACUCCCAUAUGAAGAAAGGCUAGAGUCAAAUGGGCUAUGUUUUAAAUGCACAGGAAAACACUUUCGUAAAGACUGUGAAGAAACUCCUCCCCGAUGCGAGGCCUGCAACAAGAACCACCUAACUUUGCUUCACGAAGACAGAAGCGCCCCCGCUAAACCUGCACCCCCUAGCCCCCCAGAAGCAUCAGCAACAUGCACACAAGUCUGCGGAGGGGAGGGGACCGGUAGGUCGUGCGCCCGAAUAGUCCUUGUCAACCUCACACAUGAGUCACAGCCACACAAAAAACAGCUCACAUACGCCGUCCUCGAUGAUCAAUCGACAGACGUAUUUAUCACGGAUAGUCUAUCAAGAUUGCUAGGAAUAACAGCACCGGAGCUCGACCUAAAAGUCAAUACUAUAGUCGGCUUCAACACAAUUCGUACAAAAAAGAUAACUGGUCUACGAAUUCAAGAUAUCAAAAACGAACACGCGCACGUCAGGAUUCCGUAUGCAUACACACGCGAGUACAUCCCCGCCGCACAAAGCGAUAUCGCUAGUCCCGAAGUAGCGAAGCAGUGGACCCACCUCGCACCCAUCGCAGACCAGAUCGCAUACAGACCGGACAUAGAAAUCGGACUACUCAUCGGUCGAAACGUCCCGGCGGCCUUCCAACCAACUGAAGUGAUAGCAGGAAGCCCUGAAGAGCCCUGGGCCGAGAAGUACAAGUUUGGCUGGACGGUAAUCGGUCGAGUGUGCAAAGACAGAGAUGGUGACGUGACAGCUCGUGUGAAUUGUGUGACGGUAGAGAGAGAAGUCCUACUCGAGCACAACGCUUCAAGCGAUACUACCGUACAGCCGCCCUUCGUCCGCACGACACCAUCCAAAGACAUGACAAGCCCGCAGCAAAUACGCCAAAUGAUGGAGCUUGACUACACAGAACUCCACCACGACCGAAGUAAACAAAGACAAGGAAAAACAGAAUCAAGAGAGGACAUACAGUUUAACAAUAUAAUGGAGAUAGGUCUACACAAGAACGAGAAUGGAAACUGGGAGGCACCCCUACCAUUUAGAGCAAACGAGGUACACCUACCAGACAACAAGAAGCACUGUCUAGACAGGCUCCUCUCACUCAAACGGAAACUUCUUGGUAAUGACAAGCUUAGAAACGAUUACAUCGCCUUCAUGAAAAAGGUUAUUGACCGUGUUCACGCAAGCCGAGUCCCCGUCGACCAGUUGCGUACCUCCCCUGGCAAAGUGUGGUUUCUCCCCCACUUCAAUGUACAGCACCCUCGCAAGAAAGACCUCCGCGUGGUGUUCGACUGCAGUUCAGUAUACGAGAACGAGUCCCUAAACAAGAACUUAUUACAAGGACCCGACCAGCUGAACUCACUCAUCGGCGUCCUCAUGCGCUUCCGAAAAGAAGAAGUAGCCUUUACCUGUGACAUCGAGCAAAUGUUCCACAGUUUCUAUGUUAAUCCGGAGCACAGAGAUUUCCUGCGCUUCCUGUGGUUCGAAGACAGCGACUUAACCAAACCAAUAGUAGAGUUCCGCAUGGACGUGCACCUGUUCGGCGCAGCAUCGUCGCCCGCGGUCGCAAACUACUGUCUUCACCAGACUGCAGAAACAGGCAGAGAAAAGCACGGAGAUGACGCAGCAGAGUUCGUACGCCGAAACGUCUACGUGGACGAUGGUCUCAAGUCCCUUCCCACAACAGAACAGGCCGUGCGCACUAUCAAAGCCACACAAGCAAUGUGCGCGGACGCGAACCUGCGACUCCAUAAAUUUGCCAGCAACAGUAAGGAAGUUUUAGAAGCACUACACCCUGAGGAUCGAGCCAAAGACCUCAAAGACCUAGACCUUAACCACGACAGCCUACCAGUCCAAAGAUCGCUCGGUACUUACUGGUGUGUAGAGUCGGAUACACUGGGAUUUCGUAUCGAGCUAAGAGACAAGCCUCUUACAAGACGCGGUAUACUCUCCACCGUCAGUUCAGUGUACGACCCCUUAGGAGCCGUGUCCCCCGUCAUCCUUACCGGGAAACAGAUUCUACAGGAGCUCUGA